UAACGACGAAACUUCAGAUAUGCAACGGUAAGAGUAAUAUUUAAGGUCAUAAUUUUUAACACGAAAUCGAUAACUGGUGCGCACCGGCGCCUGCGUACAUUUCAAUUCCAAAUCACUUGCUUACGCGGGGUCCAUUGUGGAACUCCGCAAAGCUAGUGUCACUUGUGUGAAAACGGAAAAUCCUCCAACCAGAUGCAAGUGAAAUCUAGGAAUAUCAGAACCAAGGAAGGCUACGGUGGCGACAUUGCUAAAAGCACACGGCUGGCCAGCGCGACUCACCACUACUGCGAGUUCGAGUGUACCGUCACCUGGACACACACAAGAGGAGGUUUUCAUUCUCCUUGAUCCCUACAUUUAUAUAUGUGUUUUCUUUCGUCGAAAUAAAUUGUAGAAAAAAUCAAACAUCAUGAGUCUGGUUAGACAAAAUUAUUCCACCGACUGUGAAGCAGCAAUUAAUAAGCAAAUCAAUCUGGAAUUGUACGCGAGUUACUGCUAUCUAUCUAUGGCAUAUUAUUUCGGUAGAUGCGAUGUUGCUUUGCCAGGGCACUUCACGUAUUUCAAAAAAGCUUCGGACGAAGAAAGGGAACACGCUUUGAAAUUUCUUGAUUAUCAAAACAAGAGAGGUGGUCAAAUAGUCUGGACACCUAUUGCAAACCCGCCGAAAUCUUCUUGGCCUAGCGCCUAUGAAGCUAUGAAAGAUGCUUUAAGCCUAGAGAAAGAAGUUAACGAGGCUCUCUUAGGGUUACAUGAACUAGCAUCACUGCACACCGACUCGAACCUUGUAGAUUUCCUCGAAACUGAAUAUUUGCAAGAACAAGUGGAUUCUAUCGAAGAAAUUGCCAAUAACGUGACGCAAUUAGAAAGAGUUGGCGAAGGUGUCGGCGUACAUAUCUUUGACCGAGAAAUUGGAGAAAAAGCUUUGUAUAAAAAAGAUAACGCUACUAGUAACUAAAAUUUAGCAUAAUUUCUAUAAAAAGAUCGUGCUUCAGUAAAUAAAUGUAUGACGAUAGAUGAAAUAUUAUACAUUACAUAACUUUCAAGUGGGAAAAUAAACA